ACGGGAGGCUGUGCGGAGCAACCGACCAUCUUCUCUUCUCUCUAAAAUUUAAAGAAAGCCUUGAUAGUCGUUCGUUAGGAAAAGGAGAUUCAAUCGUUUUCACUCCCACGCCUGAUAAUAACGCUGCAAUCAUGAGUUUCCUCUCCCAGGAAGAUUUAAAGGAGAUUCUCCAACAAAUUGAAUGCCAUUUUACAUGGAUGUUGCAGAAAGAGCAUAUUGAUCCCGAUGAAUUGGAGGAAAGAAUUGCUGAGCAGAUCCAGUUCUUAAUCAAUAAAUCCAAAGUUCUAAAUUACAACCUUCUUGCCUAUGUGAAAUUCCUGAACGACAAGAAGGAAGAAGCACUGGAAAACUUACAGAAAGCUGAAGAGACUGUGCCCGUAGAGUAUCCUGGGGAUGUUGAAAAGAAAAGCCUGGUUACAUGGGGCAACUAUGCCUGGGUGCACUACCACAUGGGCAAUCUUACUGAAUCCCAAACCUACAUGAAGAAGGUAGAAAGCAUCUGCAAGCAACUUGGAAGUGCAUCUCCUUAUAAGAUGGAGCUCUCACAGAUCUACUGUGAAAAGGGUUGGGCCCUUCUAAAAUUUGGAAGCAGAUAUUACGAAAAGGCCAAGGAGAGCUUUGAAAAAGCACUGGAAAAAGAACCAGAAAACCCAGAAUUUAACUCAGGUUAUGCAAUCACAGUAUACCGCCUGGAAGAUUAUUAUGCAAAAAAACAUUCAGGAAUAGGCUCUUCAUUGGAACCUUUGAGGCUUGCAGUAAAACUGAAUCCUGAUGAUGUAUUUGUUGUUCCUCUUCUCGCAUUAAAGUUACAGGAAAUAAACAGAGUGAAGGAAGGAGAAAAAUACAUUGAGGAAGUGCUUAGACGAUAUCCUGAUGUUCCUUAUGUAUUAAGGUAUGCUGCCAAAUUUUACAGAAAGAAAGGAGAUGUAGAUGCAUCAUUGCAACAUUUGAAGAAAGCACUAAGCUUAACCCCAAACUCUGGAUUCUUGCACCAUCAGAUUGGGAUUUGCUAUAGGACACAAUACUUAGCUUUGAAAAAAAAAGGGUCAAAAAACAAAUUUCAGUCUCUUCUAAAGCAGUUUGAACUAAUGAAACUUUGCAUUUUUCAUUUCCAGAAAGUAGUGGAGUGUAAAACCAAGUUUGUCUAUGCUUAUAUUGACCUUGCUAACAUAUAUGCAGAACAAGGGCAGCUGUGGGAAGCAGAUCAAACCUUUCAGAAAGUGUUUGCCAUCAGCAACCUAACUUCUACGGAGAAGCAGCAACUCCAUUUUAAUUAUGGGCGUUUUCAGGAACGUCACAGAAAAUCAGAAAUGAACGCUAUGAAACAGUACCUGGCUGGACUGAAAAUUGAAAACACUUCAUUUGAACAAAAGAAGUGUGAAAGGAGCUUGAAGCAAUUGUUAGAUAAGGCAGUUAAGAAAGGUACAAAAUGUGUUGAGAUAUUCAAAAGCUUGGGAUUCUUCUACCAACACCUUGGAUUAAAAGAGAAAGCCAUUGAAGCCUACGAAAAAGCCCUGGAAAUGGAUCCUACGAAUGAAGAGUAUCUGAGUGCAGUUAUGAACUUGAAGCUUUCCUUGGAAAGCUAAAUUUAUGUUAUUUUUCAAAAGCACGUGGUUUCCAAAUAUUUUUAGCUUUGCACUUCAUGCCAUGUCAAAGACCCAAAUAGUUAGCAUUUACAAUUGCCUUGAACUAGAGCACUUACAUCUCUGCUAUGUUUUCUUUGAAAUAUAUUUAGAAGAAUAUUAAUUUCUAAUAAGGCCUUAUUAGAGUAUUAAAAGUUAAAACAUUAAAAUUAACAUCAAGCAAGAUAAAAAAAGAAACAACGUAUAAAUAGGGUGGAGGUAGAAUCUUACAAUGAUGCUCUGUAGCUUCAACUAAUCCUUGCAGAAGCUGGAAUGUCUCUGCAUGUACCCCAUUUUACCACUGAGCCGUGAUGGCGCAGUAGUUAGGAUGCAGUAUUGUAGGCUAAUUCUGCUGACUGCUACUAGUAGUUCAAGUCUCAAUGGCUCAUGGUUGAUUCAGCCUUCCAUCCUUUCGAGGUCGGUAACAUGAGGACCCAGAUUGUUGGGGGUAAUAUGCUGACUCUGUAAACCGCUUAGUCUGUGGUAUUGUUAUGGUAUUGCUAGUGCUAUUUAAUCUGCUUCAAACCCGGCUGCUCUGCGUCCGUCAGAAAGGGAAGGGGUCUUUGAAUGAAUUAGCUUUGGGCAUGGGAGAUCACUUAAAUCAUCAAACUAAAACAUCACAUAGCCUAAUCUGCAGGCAUCCUGAGUCUUAUAUUUAUCCUGCAGUUCUAUAUUCUAAUUGGUUCCCUGGACAAAUAAGUUUCAGUACCAGUACAUCUGCAGGAUGCCAAGUUGGACUUUCCUGUCAGGACAAAGUAAUGGAUUAUGACACAGGCAUAAAUAUGACUUUGCGACAAAAGCUAAAAUUUUCAGAGGAUAUUUUUCUCUUGAAUUACAUACCUAGUAUAUGGAACAUGAUAACUAUUGAUUCUCCAUGCUCUUAUGGCCACAAGACUGAUACUGCAGCCUUGGAAAGAUAAAGGAAUAGCCACAUUCAUGUAAUGGAUUGAAGAGCCAAUUAUACUUGCUACCUAUAAGUGGAUUGCCUAUAGACAUAGACUUGGUGUGGACAAGUACAAUAUAAUAUGGGACUCAUUUAUGCUAAAUAUAGUAGGCAUGAUAGUUAUAUAUGUGUAUUAAAUAUGUAUGACUUGAAUAAUAAUAUACUUGUAUUCUUUUAACCUCUUAUAGUAAUAUGUUUUUUUCUUUGACAAUGUUAACUUAUUGCUAUCAUAAGUAUCUUUUAAAUAAUAAAUAAGUUGGUCUUACAGGUCUCUU